GCCCCCCAGAUGGCUACCCUCUACUCUUCUUGUGAUUUUUCUUAUAAUUCUAAUUAAUAUUUCUAUUUUUCUAUUUUUGAAUAGGAGUUUUCUAGUGAGUUCCUUGCAGGUAGAUGUGGACUGAGAUUUCCCAUACCACAGUACUCAUUUCCUGUCCCCACAAUAGGGUUAUAUCACAAUUUUUCUUUCAAUCAUUGCUAUCUGCAUGCUUAAAAACCAGACCUGCUGCUGUUCAGUCAGUUCCGACUCAUAGCAACCCACAUGCUUAGAACCCUGCAAAUGUGUUAAUCCAGCCAAGUACUGCAUUAGGCUCUUGCCUUUUCUGAUUUUUAUUUUUCUGAGAGCUCUUUGUAUGUGUUGCUGAUUUUCAUCCAGCUUUUCCAACACGGCUGUCACUUGCCUUUCAGUAAUGUUUUCCACGUGAUCAGACAUAAGAACUCCUUAUUUUUCCCUGGAGACCUCUUUCCCGUAGACUUCUGCCCUCCUGUUCCCAGAUACUGGUCUGUAGGUCUGCGGCCAGACGCUGUUCUGUGACUUGCCUUUUACAGUUGUACUGAGACUUUGCUUCACCAUUCUCAUGUUAGUUUUCCCGUGUCUGAGUGUAACACCUUUCCUUUUUUUCAGUUUACUCCCUAGGUUUGAUGGAGCAUAUAGUCCUUAGCUUCCUAAGAAAAGCUACAUAGGAGAUAAUUUUAUCAUUUUUUGCAGGUCUAGAAAUGUCUUGAUUCAGUCUUCACACUAGCUUGGUAAUUUGACGAGGUUUAGAAUUCUAGGCCAGAAUUGUAUUUCCUUUGUAGUAUUAAAGGAAUUGCUUUGCUUUCUUACUAUUUCAGAUGGUUCUGUUGAGAAGUCCAUUGCAUUUUGAUUUCUGAAAUUUUAUGAUAUGUAUUUUCUUUCUGGAAGCUUUUAUAAAGUUUUCUUUUUCCCUAAUAUACUGAAAUUUCACCCUAAAAUAUAUUGUAAGAUGUUUUUUAAAGUCCAUCAUGUUUUUUCCUCACUUGGAUCUUAAAAGGGAAAAGGAAAGGAAGAAGGAACUCACAUUUAUGAAGACUUUAGUAUGUGCCAGGAAUUGAGCUGGGUGCUUGUGUUUCAUCUCACUGGAAAAGUCCAUUUGUAUGUUUCUAGACAGAUCCCUCUGUACACAAGAGAUAAGUUUUCUACUGAUAUAAUAGGAUGCCAGCCCCUUCAGUUUGCUCACUAAUCCUGUUUUCUGCUGAACCCUCCAUUGCCUCCUCUAAUGCCAUUUUUUUCUUCCCUCCUUCCAUUGUGAAAGCAUGUUUGUUGUUUCAGGGGUUAAUGAUGUUCAGGGAUGUGUUCAUAAACUUCUCUCUGGAGGAAUGGGAAUGCCUGGACUCUGGUCAGAUGGAUUUAUACACAGAAGUGAUGUUGGAGAAUUACAGCAACCUGGUUUCAGUGGGACUUUCCAGUUCUAAACCAGCUGUGAUCUCCUUAUUGGAACAAGGAAAAGAGCCCUGGAUGGUUGACAGAGAACUGACAAGAGGCUUGUGUUCAGAUCUGGAAUCAAUGUGUGAGACCGAGAUAUUAUCUCUAAAGAAGAGACAUUUCAGUCAAGUAAUAUUUACACAGGGAGACAUGCCCACUUUUAUUCAGCCCACAUUUCUUACUCCACAUCAAAAAAUUAUUAAUGAAGAAAAACCCUGUGAAUGUAAGAAAUGUGGAAAGGCCUUUAAUCAGAACUCACAAUUUAUUCAACAUCAGAGAAUUCAUUCUUGUGAAAAGCCCUAUGAAUGUAAGGAGUGUGGAAAAUCCUUUAGUCGUGGCUCACUUGUUACUCGACAUCAGAGAAUUCACACUGGUGAAAAACCCUAUGAAUGCAAGGAAUGUGGCAAAGCCUUUAGGUAUAGUUCAUAUUUUUCUCUACAUCAGAGGAUUCACACUGGUGAGAAACCCUAUGAAUGUAAAGAAUGUGGAAAAUCCUUUAAUUAUUGCUCAAACCUUAAUGAUCAUCAAAGAAUUCAUACUGGUGAGAAACCCUAUGAAUGUAAAGUAUGUGGGAAGGCCUUUACUAAGAGUUCACAACUUUUGCCACAUCUGAGAAUUCAUACUGGUGAGAAACCUUAUGAAUGUAAGGAAUGUGGGAAGGCCUUUACUCAACACUCAAGGCUUAUUCAACAUCAGAGAAUGCAUACAGGUGAGAAACCUUAUGAAUGUAAGGAAUGUGGGAAGGCCUUUAGUAGUGCCUCCACACUUACUAAUCAUCACAGAAUUCAUGCUGGUGAGAAACUCUAUGAAUGUAAAGAAUGUGGAAAGGCUUUUAUUCAGAGCUCAGAACUUAUUCAACAUCAGAGAAUCCAUACAGAUGAAAAACCUUAUGAAUGUAAUGAAUGUGGGAAAGCCUUCAAUAAAGGCUCAAACCUUACUAGACAUCAGAGAAUUCACACAGGCGAGAAACCCUAUGACUGUAAGGAAUGUGGAAAGGCCUUUGGUAGUCGCUCAGACCUCACUCGCCAUGAGGGAAUUCAUACUGGAUGAAUGACAGAAGACCUUGUUAUUAACCUUUAUAAUGUUUUUAAAAGCAGAUAAUGCAUGAUUGAAGGUUCCUCUAUUAACACUAUUUUUUCUAAUUCAUUUACAAUUUUCUUUUAUACAUAACUUGUUAAUCAUUCAAAUUUAUUUUGUGAAUUCAAUGUCUAAAUUAAAUCCCCUC